GGACGCGUUCACCUCUGCAAUCCACCAUCGCAGCCCACCAAACCAAUAUUCACCAUGCAGGCAGGCGGUCAGACACCCGUCUUUGUUAUGAACUCUGCUCCGGAGAGACAGUCUGGGCGAAAGGCCCAAGUCUCCAACAUCACUGCAGCAAAGACUAUCGCAGAUGUAAUCCGAACGUGUUUGGGCCCAAAGGCCAUGCUCAAGAUGAUCUUGGAUCCAAUGGGAGGUAUCUUACUCACCAAUGAUGGGAAUGCCAUUCUUCGCGAAAUUGAUGUAGCUCAUCCCGCCGCAAAGAACAUGAUCGAGCUCAGUCGGACCCAGGACGAGGAAUGUGGGGAUGGGACGACAAGCGUCAUCAUUCUAGCUGGCGAAAUCCUAGCGCAAUCUCUUUCACAACUCGAGCGCGAUAUUCAUCCUGUCGUGAUCAUCUCCGCAUACAACAAAGCUCUCAAAGAAGCACUCGAAAUCAUCAAACGUAUUUCCAUCCCCAUCGACACCUCUAAUGAUACGGAAAUGCUAUCCCUCAUCAAAACGUCCAUUGGCACUAAAUUCGUCAUGCGUUGGUCAGAUCUCAUGUGUCAACUUGCUCUCCAAGCCGUUCGAAUCGUCGCAAAAGAAGAGGGAGGUUUGAAAACCGUCGAUAUCAAGCGCUACGCACGUGUCGAAAAAAUUCCUGGUGGUGAGAUCGAAGAGAGUAGAGUUUUGGAUGGAGUGAUGCUUAACAAAGACAUUACACAUCCGAAUAUGAGGCGACGGAUCGCCAAUCCGAGAAUCAUCCUCGUUGAUUGUCCGUUAGAAUACAAGAAGGGAGAGAGUCAGACGAACAUGGAAUUCUCAAAAGAGACGGAUUGGCAGCGUGCCCAGCAAGUCGAAGAAGAACAGGUUAUUGCGCAGUGUCGACGACUCCUCGAAUUCAAGCCUGAUUUAAUCAUCACGGAGAAAGGCAUAUCUGACACUGCCCAACAUGUUUUCGAGCGUGCAAACGUUUCAACCAUCCGCCGUGUCCGAAAAUCGGAUAACAACCGUGUCGCUCUCGCUGUUGGUGCUACCAUCGUGAACCGUGUCGAAGACCUGAGGGAAACCGAUGUUGGUACCCAAUGUGGUCUUUUCAAUAUCGAAAAAAUAGGAGACGAAUACUUCACCUUCCUUACCCAGUGUGCUACACCAAAAGCAUGCACCAUCCUCCUUCGUGGACCUUCCAAAGACAUUCUCAACGAAGUAGACCGUAACCUUGCCGAUGCCAUGUCCGUUGCGCGUAAUGUUGUCUUUAACCCAUUACUAGCACCGGGAGGUGGUGCAACGGAGAUGGCGAUUAGCGUCGGACUGCAAGCCAAGGCACGCAGCGUCACGGGCGUUGAGGGCUGGCCAUUCAGAGCCGUGGCGGAUGCCAUGGAGGUCAUCCCGCGUACCCUUGUGCAGAACAGUGGAGGCAAUGCUAUAAGGAUUUUGACGGAGUUGAGGGCGAAACAUGCGAAUGGUGAAUCAUCGUGGGGUGUGAAUGGCGAUACAGGCAAGAUUGUUGACAUGAAAACCUAUGGUCUCUAUGAGUCUGCCAGCGUGAAAAUACAAAUUCUCAAAACUGCGAUUGAGGCUGCGCGCAUGCUUCUGCGGGUAGACGAUGUUGUUCAGGCGACUCGGAAAGACAAGGAGCAGCAACAGCAAGCACCUCCUCCCGAAGAAAUGAUGGAAGGUUAAAACAAAGAGUAAGCUGAUAUUGGUAGUAUAGAUAGGCAUCUGUGAAUCACAAUCAAGUGAUUCCUAAAAUCAUCUCUAAUAUUCCAUUAAAUAACGCCGCCGAUAAACGAUCCAUCGCUAGGACUUCCAAGUAGUGAUACCAGAGCAAAACGGUCAUAGCAGAAAACAAAAUUCAGAAAAAUCCAGCAGUGGGGGUACAGUAUUAACAUUUGAUGAAGUUGCCAACGAUCAUACUCGGGAUACCCCACUUGUCGCGGCGUAUGGUGAAAGAGAAACAGCAGCUGAUAAAACCCUCUUCAUUGGGCAGCUCUUGCUGUUUCUUGCUGCCACGAACGACAGACGAAGCAGCAGCCUCGGAAUGUGUGUUAAUCAGAGGCUUGAACCGCAGGACACAUGAUGUCAGGACAGCCUUUUGACUAGAGUCAAAGGCGACAUGACCGUAUUUCUGAGGAAACAACCGUCAAAUAAAUGGCGUGAAGAUCUUAACUCUCCGUCACAUACCUCCCAGUAGUUGACAGCAGACUCUUCUGCCAUGAGCUCGUAUAUGCAGAGGCGUCCCUAGUGCACAUCAACACUCUUGGUCAAACAUGCAUAAAAAAACGAUAACUUACGUCGCGCAUCAUAUAUCCGUCCACACCAACAAGUUCAGUAAACUCACG